AUGGCUUCUUCCACACUAGGCUUCACUUUCUCACCUGCUUCCCAUAGGGUGCAACUGAGAGUGGAAAGUUCAAUGCUUUCCAAUUGCUCCUUUAGGCCGCAGGUAAUUUCCCGAAUGCAGAAAGAUGGCAGCGGCCGGCGAGUGUGGCGGCGAAGGAAAUUGACAAAGAAGGAUGACAUGUUGCGAUACAAGAUGGAGAGAGUACCUUUUCUUGAGGAGCAGGUUCGGAAGGUAAAGGACGGAGGACAGCUCUUGGGAAUGGAUAUCGAGAGACUACUCCUAUCAGAGGAUAACCGGUUUGAUUUUGUCAAUGAUAUAGCGGCCGAGGCUAGCGAGUAUGUCGAGAACAACCGAGAUGAGUAUGGGGGCAAGAAGAAAGCCAUCCUUCAAGUGAUAAGUAACCGGGUGAAUGAUGCUGGGUUUUUUAGACCAGAGGCAUAUGAAGAAUCUGACCCCUUCAAGCCAGGCCCUUCUUAUUUGAAAGAAGAAUUUACUUGA